GCCUUCGCCUGGUUCCCCAGCUGCGCCUAGCGUCCUGUCCUCCAUUGAGGUCUUUCUUGAGCUCUCCGAUCGUUGGCUUCCAUCGCGACCCGGUCGGUCUUCUUCGUGCGGGCCUAGUUUGCUGGCAAGCCUCUCAAGUCAAGCGCGAAGACAACUCCCCCUCCACCACCCACCACCACCAUCACGCGCCCGACCUACAAAUAUAUGCAACAUCCUCGGCAAUCGAGUGCGGAGUUUCUGUCCAGCCAACCCCCGCAAGUUUGGCCGCUUUUCAAAUACCAAGCUGUGCCUACUUUCACCAGAACAACAAAGGUCUAGCUACAGGGAAGACAACCAUUGUCAGUAUGGGGGAAUCCGUACAGCGCCAGUCCUCGGGACUGGGAUUUGCCUGGAAAAGCCUCUCUUGGGCACUGUUGACCGCGCAGUCCACAGCAUUUGUCUUGUUACUGCAUUACUCUAGAGUGAUGACGCCAGCUGGCGGCAAACGAUACCUCACGUCCACCACCGUUUUCUUCAACGAGGUUGCUAAGCUCGCCAUCUCCCUGACCAUGGCGCUAUACGAAGUCUCGAAGACAGCUCCUCCUUCCGUACCUGCGACGUCUCUUUUCUUUUCCCUCACAACCGCCAUAUUAUCUGGUGAUAGCUGGAAACUUGCGAUUCCUGCUUGCCUUUAUACACUCGCCAAUUCGUUGCAGUAUAUCGCACUCUCGAACCUGCAGCCAGCGACCUUUCAGGCAUCAUACCAGCUGAAGCUGGUCGUCGUGGCCAUGUCCAGUCUGGUGUUGCUUAAGAGAUCCAUUCCCCUGCGUAAGUUGGGACUACUGGUCCUACUUGUGGCCGGCGUUGCCUUGGUGCAGAUGCCCACGGGCAACCCUGAUGACAUGUCUUUCCAUGAUGAGACCGCACGUCUUGCUUUCCCACGAUCUCUGGAAGAGUGGAAAGCUGCAAAGCUAGGACGUGACAAUCUACAUAAGCGUUCCGCAACUUACGAGGGAAUUGAGGAGGACAUGAUGACCGCCAACCCUCGGUUGAAUGCUGCAGUCGGCCUCCUGGCCACGGUUGGCGCCUGUCUCGCCUCCGGCCUUGCAAGCGUGUAUUUUGAGAAAGUGCUCCUGGACAGCGCAAAAUCGACAUCACUUUGGAUCCGCAACGUGCAGUUGGCAGUAUAUUCGAUAUUUCCCGCGCUUUUCAUUGGCGUUGUGUUUUUGGACGGCGAGAAGGUCGCUGCCAGUGGCUUCUUUGAGGGCUAUAACUGGAUCGUUUGGUCUACUAUCCUUGUCCAGGCCAUUGGCGGCAUAGCAAUAUCCUUUUGCAUUGGUUAUGCAAACCGAGAUUCUAAGAAUGUGGCCAUGGCCACUAGUAUUGUUCUCACCACGUUGGCCAGCGUUUGGCUCUUCAACUUCGAACUCACUGCCAAUUUCCUCCUUGGGUCAUUCGCAGUUCUUGUGGCUACCUGUCUUAGCGAAGAUUCAAGUUCUAUAUCCGCCCAGGCCAAACGCCAGGUACUCCGUCCUCCUCCGAUCCGCGUAGAUCGGUACGAGAAAGAAAGCAAGAGUGGUGAAGCUUCACCAGCGUCUCCGUCCCCUAAUGAGAUCUCCAUAAAGCUUCCUGGCACGCCAUUUUUGUCUGAUGCUGGGCUCUCUACGUCGAGGCCUACGUCCCCGGGUCAUGUACGCGUUGGCCGCACCCCUAGCGGGGGUUACUUUGAUAAGCACUUACGAGACCACUGAGCUGCUUUAUGCGGAUGUCUUUUCGCAUUUGUCGCGUGAAUAUAACCCUUCGCGUUGCUGUAUCAUGUUUGCUAGGAAGUAAAUAAGGAUGGAUAGAAGCGAUGAGCCACUCUCGUUUUCGUCGUAUAUGUCUCAAUUUCGUGUACUUUAUUAUUCUUUUCUUUUCGCUGUCGAUUCUUCUACAAUCACAGUCCUACAGCUCAUGGCUCGACUCCAAUUCAAUAUACUCAAAAUCGAACUGCGAAGAGUUUUGAAAGCCCUUGAGAAACAGUCGAGGUGCAUUACCUUGUUGUAAUGUUCACUGCUGCUGCGAGUUGCUGGUUGUAAGGAGCCCCACAUGCUUUCGGUGCGUAACGGAUGAC